AUGCGCGAAGGAAAGAUUGAAGAUAUUCUUGUUUUAACAGAAGAAGAGGAGAACACGCCAUUGUUCGUCACUCCAAGGGCGAGACGUGAUGUGCAGGUAAAGAAAAGCUCAUAUCAAGGAAAAAAAUUCAUAGUAAUGAGAUCUUCUGUAAGAGCACUGUUUCACUAGUUAUUAGUUCAUUUACAAGCUCGGCAUCGCUUCGAGUUAAGUAUCAAGCGAAGAACUGCCGAGAGAGUAGUAAUGAUUGUUUCAGGUCAGGGGGCGUUACUGGAGGCCGAGCUUUACUGAUCGCGAACAGUACCUUAUAAAACGAACAAAAGGCGACCAAAAACAAAAUAUGGUAACUUUUUCAUGUGAUAAGUGCAGUAGUACCGUUGAUUAAUCUAGGUGUAGCGACAGUGAUGAUCAGCUGUUGAUCAGCCUCAGUCGCGGGUUUUCAAGCGAAGGUCUCGCUUGUAUUUGAUGUCACCAUUCUCCACCACCAAUCUUACAAUCUCUCCUCUUAUCGGUCUAUGAAAUUUUCUUAUUGCGAAACUGAUGACAUUUUUUACACAAUAAAACACUUCAUUAGGAUUUUUCAUGUAGUGACAGACAAGAAGAUUACGCACGAAUAGGAAAUAGCACGUUUGUUUAUCUUUCGCUCAGCUGUCACAUUAUCUUUGAAAUCGAAGGACAAAGUUGGAAUGAAACACAAAUUUUUGUGGGUGCAAAUCUUUUUUUCAUGGCCUUCCAUCUUCAGGAUCGGCAAGGAUUAAUCUUAAUCCGUUACACCCCUAAGAUCGCUAUGAAUUUUCUCCACACUGUUGUCUGUACGUUUUCCUAACAUAUAAAAUUUGGUUAACAAUCAAGAGUUUCUUUAGUUGAUGAUCAUUUGUUUAUUCUCGUGACCUUGAUGAAUGAUUCAGAGGUGGUUUUGUUCGGAAAAACGAGAAGCUAGUCUCUCUGAAUGGUUAGAAGGUUGAUUUUUUUAUGUUCUAAAAUUUAUUGUUUUGUUGGAACAUGACCCCCUUACGCUGUGGAGCUCAAUUACUCCGUCGCGACGGGGAUAAGGGGUCAAUACAAGGUCAAGUUUAGAUUUUUCUGUUGCUUACCAACCUUCAUUUGCGAUGAGACUUUCACAUUUGUCUGCAGAAAGCAAAGUAAACUCGUGAAUGAGUUCGAAGGAGGCGGCAUUUAGGGAGGAGAGGGUGGUGUUUCGCUUCGUAAGAUGUUUAAUUGCGCCAUAUCAUUGCGGAAAAUAACAGAACAAUAUCACCUUAAAUGACGAAGUCACAGUUUUGAAAGUUGAUGGUAGGGUAGGUGGACAAGUCUGCUUCGGACAUAAAAUUCGAUAAAGAGACUAUUGCGUGUUAAACUUCGUUAGCCUCUUAAAGGUUAAUCUUUAUCUCGGCAAACGUAUCAAUUUUGGUGGUUCGUUCUAUGUCACUCAGGUGCAGCGCGAUUGGCGCUCAUUUGAAAUCUAGUCACGUUUGUAACAAUCCACGAUUUCCACAACCAAUGAUUUUAUUCGUUGGCUUCUAAAUAACCUACUGAAACCAUUGUGGUCUUCAAUAAUCCUUUUAAAAUGAGUGGUCUGAUGGUCGCUAUAAAUCUUUUCUGUCCUGAAUGUGUUGCGGAGCUACUGAAGUUGUUUACAUACUGCAGACCUGUUUGUUUCGUGCCCUCGGUGCUUAGGUGAAAUGCACAGUCUUUUCGCGAAUGCCCUAAGGCCGAACUUCACGAUAUCACAGUAUAAUAAUUACAGUACAGUUUAAUUCACGGUUCACGGUUCUCAGGUACAGUACUCCCUCACUCUCUCCAGGCAACUAACCUACAUCAUACAGUACAAUGUAAAAACUAACGAUCUGUCAACAAUGUUCUCCUGUAUCUAAGUUACUCGAUCAAGCUGUCAAUCAAAACGAGAUACUUGGCGCGUGUUCACGCAAUCUCCGACAGUCUGGGUAACGAACGAGAGAGACUCGUCUACGGUGAUUUUUGCUCCAUCGAAUUCCCAUCACAGCAGGGGGAAAAUAACAGCUAUGUAUUUAGAAUAAAUCAACACUGAAAGUAGUUUUUUAAAUAUAAGGAGAGGGAAGGUGGUUGAGGAUAUUUGCUGAGUCAAGAUAUAAUUUACCUGACCCUCCCAUAGGGCUCUGCAGUGUACUUGUGAUUCCCCCCCCCCCUCCACACUUUUUGGCAGUCAAUUGACAGUCAAUUUUCAAUAGCCUCCUCUUCAUAAUUUGUUGGGGACGAAUGAGCCCCCCGUCCGUACCCCCUUAAAAACUACGUGAUCCUCCAAAAAUCCUCACUCCUCCCCCCCCCCCGAGAUCAAUAAUAAUCACAUUUCUUUUCUCAUCUUUUUUUGUUUCAGAUAUUUGCAGGUCGAGUGGGUAUUCAUUGGAAAAUUCUGAGAUGCUUAUUUGCUUUCCUUUAUCCGAUUUCUCACGUGACCAUUAUCGUCUCCCUGAUAUCUUUUUUUGUCACUGCAUUCAGCUUCGCUAUCAACUGCGCGCUGGAAAUUACAUUUGAAAUGAUCUCACCACAGGGAGACUCAGCUGCCUACCAGAACCUAUACACGUGUUGCUUGUUGGUGCUCCUGUGCUGUACCAUGCUUUUCGUUCAUCUAGUCUUCUCCUUGUUCUGGGAAAUCAUCAAAGUUGCGGUUGUAAAGAGCACUCUUAUAUUCCGAGAGGUUAAGGUGGUGAUUUUUCUCGCCAUCUUUGUGGGUUCAGGUAUUUACACGGGCUGUGCCGGGAACAGUUUUGGUAUUAUGACAUUGCUUGGCAGUUGCCUCGCAGUGUGCUGGUUCGCAGCUUUUAUCGUAGCAGUACUGGGCUCGGUUGGCUUGCUCGUGUUCUGUUACCGUGAAGAAAGCCACGAAGCGUACGCUAUUGUUCUUCUUCCACUUUGUAUACCACUUGUUCUGUUUUCAAUUCUUUGCCCUGUUUCCUUUACUCUUGUUAAUGCAUCAACGGGCGCGGUAUGUUUCGCAUUUUUCUACCCAUUCUUAACAGCUUGCCUUAUAUUAUACAUCUGUUUCCGAGGCUCUAGAAAACCGAACGGGGAACAAUUUGUCAUUAAGAGACGUUUUGCUGUAUUCUUCACCGCGGCCUACCUCGCUGUGCUGAUUCUGACGGUUACAUCUCGCGCGUAUAGCGAAAACAGUUGCAAUUUACCAUCAGUGAAUCACUCUAACGCGAGAGAUUUCGCCAUCAAUGAAAAAGAUCAGCCAAAGUAUCCGAUCUGCGAUAAAACAUGGACCCCGUUACGUCUGAACGUGGCAGAAAUGGCAUACCUCUCGUUCGUCGCCUACCAGACAAACUGGAACAAGCAGGAUCUAAGUAAGUCAAUUAGGAGCUAUUUCCACUAUCGAAAAGGUCAAUGGAAUGUUAGUUACAUCUCAGAGGGAAAUCCCAGGUAUUAUCAUUUGUUCGAGGCGACAAGGCAAGUUCAUAUCAUCGGCAUCCGAGGAAGUGUGUCCGCGGGGGAAUGGUUCGAAUAUCUCAAGUUAUGGAGUGAAGUAAUUAGUUAUCAGCUCACCUCUGAAGCCCUCCCAGUGCAAAGGUUCCCACUGAGUUUCGUGACGUCCUACGUGUCUGCUUCGUCUUUUCUGGAAAGGAUUCUGCAUCAUAACCGUCCAGAUUAUUCUCUUAAGUCAAUCGAGACGUACAUCAAGAAGACGAAUCUAAACUCCAAAGGUGAUAACGUUAUUCUCACUGGCCAUUCACUAGGUGGCGGCUUAGCAAAGAUUAUAGGGAGCCGUCAGGAGAUUCAAGCCGUAUCUUUUUCAAGCCCCGGUGAGGUGUGCAUCAGUAAAAAAAUGGGUUUCAGUCUUGAAGACUUGCAGCGUUACACUACAUCCGUAGUAUCACGCAAUGAUUUGGUCACGUGGGUUGACCACCACGGUGGUUUGGUCCAGUUUAUCGGUCGUAAGGCGAGUCAGCAUGACCAGUGUCACGCUGUUAACAUUUACUGUGAGCUGAAAAGAAGUUGUAGUUUUCAAACUCCCAUUACUUGCUAA